AUGCCUGCGCUACGGUACGUAAUUUGGACAUUACGCUUGAAUAUCAUGAUUAACGGCCCCAAGGUUGCAGUCUGGAAGCUUCGUGGCAACCUCCCUCAUCCGGUUGAGGCUACCGCCUUAUUAACGGACGCGAUUCUUCACGACGAUGCGCAGAAAAAUUCCAUAUUCUCGAUUCGAGCCACCUACUCGGCUGCUUUUUGUCGAUUCGUAACAGGUCUCGUUGACUCGAAACUCCAUGGCCAGAGGAAGACCAUGUUUCAACGAGCGAUUGACCUCGGGCUCCCAGCAUCGUUUGUUGAGCUGCGUCAUGAGGCGACCCAUAGAGAGCUACCGUCUCUUGUGGUAUUGCGCAAUGCGACGCAACGCUCAUUAGAGUGGCUCUGGGACUAUUACUGGGCCAAGACAGACUCUGAUGUUGCGCUUGCAUCAGGAAGGCCUGCCUCUGCGGUCUCUAGCGGUGCCGAAAAUGGCAAUGUAGAAGAAAUCAGGAGCGUCAUCAGAACCGCCCUCGAGCAUCCAGCGAACCAGGGCGACCUCUCAGAGCCACCACGGAAGAAGAGGAAGUCAGAUCAGCAAUCGUCUUUCCUUGCCGAGCAGCUGGGAGCGAUAUCUAAACAUAUCUUUACAAGACUUGGCGAUUCCAUGGAUGAAGCAUUCACCAAGUGGGACAGAUCACUACAGAGUGUAGCGGCAGGUCACCCUGCAUUUUUACCAGCUCUAACCGAGGAAUUGGUCAAUGAACUGGCAUUCACGAGACGACCGAAUACGAAGAAUGAUCCCCAAUGCGAGGCGAUUUAUAUGUGGCUGGACCACAUUUUGAACUCAGCAGAGUGGAGUACAGCUCGGCAAUCCCUUUCUCUCGGAUACAUCCUCAGUGUCUGUGAACAAAAUUCCAAUCACUGGCUAGAUCUGCUCAGAGGCGCUAUUCGCUCGGAGGAUAAUCGCUUGCCCUCUAUUGCUAGAGAUCAGAGCAACGCCCCAUCACGAUCACAGAAGAAAUCUAAAAGUACGACAUAUGACCAGCCCACCGAAGAUAAUCUACAAGGGCUGCAGAAAUUCGGGUGGGAAAGGUUAGACACUUGGGACAACAGACCAAUAGGGAUAAUUCGACUGGAGCAUGGAGCGAAGUGA